GACAGGAUUGAAGAGCUGAAGAAGUUCAUAGAGAAGCAUCGGCAUCACAUCCGCAUGCUGGAGACGAUACUGAGGAUGCUCGACAACGACUCGGUGCAGGUCGACUCCGUCAGGAAGAUCAAGGAUGAUGUGGAGUAUUAUCUCGACUCGUCGCAGGAUCCAGACUUUGAGGAGAAUGAGUUUCUAUACGACGACCUGGAUCUGGAAGACAUCCCUCAGACGCUGGUCGCUACUUCCCCACCGGGACACUCGCACUUGGAGGACGAGAUCUUCCAGAACUCCAGCAGCACACCCACCUCCACCACCUCGUCCUCUCCCAUCCCCCCCUCACCCGCCACUUGCACUACGGAGAACUCAGAGGACGACAAGAAGAGGGGACGUUCAACAGACAGUGAAGUUAGUCAGUCACCUGUGAAGAACGGCAACCCUUCCUCCUCCUUAUCCUCUUCCUCCUCAUCCUCUUCUUCUUCCUCCUCCUCCUCCUCUUCCUCCUCCUCUUCCUCCGUCUCGGGGCUGACCUCUUCCUCGUUGGUCUCCAUGGCGACCAUCGCCGUCGGUGGCGGCGGCGUCGGCGGCUCCGGGGGCAACAACAACAACAGUCACCUAGGCAGCUUGGGGGGUCUCCUCUCCAACACUUCCGCCGGCAGCUACAGCAACGCCACCCAGCAGCCGCCGCACCCGUCAACGCAGCAGCAGCAGCAGGCCAAAAUCGCAGUGGGCUCCUCUUCCUCCUCCUCCUCCUCUUCCUCAGUUCCCAUCAUCAACCCCAGCAGCUCCGCCAACAGUUACCCCGUCUCCUCCACCUCCUCUCCCCCCAACGUCGGCACGCAGGGGCUUUUCACCUCGCUCUCCCAGCCGCAGCCUCCGUCAGGGCCGACUCCCACUUCCAACAGCCUCGGCCUCAGCUUGGGCCUCUCCUUGGGGAAGGGCGGCAUGUCCAGCUCCAUGGCAACCAGCCCGAUGUCGUCAGGUCUCGGGCUGUCGCUGAGCACCAUGGCGGGGCUCCUCGCCGGCUCCACUCCGGCGCCGUACGCUCAGGCGGCAGCGUCGGGCGCGGUGGGCUCCAGUCUGCUCGGCUCUCUGGGAGGAGUCAGCGCCGUGUCCACCAACAGCGGCGUCGGCUCCAUCGGCAGCGGGAGCAUCACGGUCGGCGGGCCGACAUCCUCAUCGACGGGGGGUCUGCUGGGUCCGGCGCCGGGGAUGACCGGGAUCGGCUCCGGGAUGGGUUCCGGGAUCGGCUCCGGGAUGCUGGGGCUGAACUCCGGUCAGUCGGGGGUGCAGGUGUCGUCUCUGGUGGCGCCGAGCCCAGUCGGAGGUUUGGCGCCGGGCAGCGGAGUGGGAAUCAUCGGGAGCAACGGAGGCAGCUCGGGAUCGGCAGGAAGCGGAGUGCUGGGAGGAAACCCGUCGCUGUCUGUGCGGCCGCCGAGCCGGCAGAAGCAGAACGGUAGCACUAGUUACAGCGCUGUGGUAGCGGACAGCGCGACAGACUCCGCCCUCAACAGUGCCAGCCAAUUACAAAGCAGCCAACCCUCAUCUUUGACCUCGUCUGCCAAUCAGCCUAAGGACACUGGUCCCAGUUUAUUGGGCUCUAUGAGUUUGUCGUCCAACUCUCCGUCGCCGGCUUCCUACAGCGAAGCCAAAUCGAUGAGCGGCGGCAGCCUGCUGAACGGGCCGCUCUCCUACUCGCAGUCCUCCGACAGCAUCAAGGCCCAGGAGCCUCUGAGCAGCCUGAAGUCCAUGGCCGAGCGAGCAGCACUCAGCUCAGGGAUGGAGGGAGACGUGCCCCUGCACCUCACCCCAGACAUCUUCCCCAGUACUACAGCCCCGUCUGGGCCUCCGUCAGCGCCUCAGCCCUCGCUGUCGGAGGUCAGCAUCCCCCCGUCGUUGGGGGUCUGCCCACUGGGGCCGGUUCCCCUGUCCAAAGACCAGCUCUACCAACAGGCCAUGGAGGAGUCGGUGUGGACGCACAUGCCCCACCCGUCCGACUCCGAGAGGAUCAGGCAGUACCUGAUGAGGAACCCGUGCCCCACCCUGCCUUUCCACCACCAGGUGCCACCGCCCCACUCCGACACUGUAGAGUUUUACCAGAGGCUUUCCACAGAGACGCUCUUCUUCAUCUUUUACUACCUGGAGGGCACUAAGGCCCAGUAUCUGGCAGCCAAAGCCCUGAAGAAACAGUCUUGGAGGUUUCACACAAAGUACAUGAUGUGGUUUCAGAGACACGAAGAACCCAAAACCAUCACGGACGAGUUUGAGCAGGGAACGUACAUUUACUUCGACUAUGAGAAAUGGGGCCAGAGGAAGAAAGAAGGUUUCACGUUCGAGUACCGAUACCUGGAAGACCGAGACCUCCAGUGACUGCAGCCAGAAAACAACACGACGGACGGACGGCUGAGGAAGAAGUGAGAGAGGAAAGGAAGGAAGGAAGGAAGGAAAGGAAGGGAAGGAAAGGAAGGACAGAAGGAGAACAAGCAGAAGACGGAGGAAGAAGAAGGGCGGUCUUACUGCACCUGUUGACAUUCCUGGAUUUGACCUCAGCACGUUUUUUUAAGGGGGGGAGGGAAGAGGGGGGGGGCGUCUUCUCUAACCCUCAUCAUCCUCACCUUGGCAGUAAUAACUCCUCCCACCUUUUCAUCCCCUCUUCCUCUUCCUCCUCCUCUUCCUCCUCCCUCUAUCAUCACUUUUU